AGUCAGGCCAUCUCGAAGGCGGCCGCUGCUACCGCGGCAGCCAUCAGUCAGGAGAAGCAGCGCCUGAAGGCCGAAGAGGGCGAGACGCCGUCCCAUCCUCGCUUCCUGCCGCCUCCUGAACCCAUUUGCCGUCUUCGUGUUGACACGAGCGGCGGCUUUGAAAGCUUCAGUAUCCUACGAUUUGGCCAAAAGGACGACUGGCUAGAAGUGAAAGCCAGCAAGUUCGCUUCCGUUACGGGUGUUGGAAGCUUGAGUAUCUGCUGGGGAAGUAAGCUAAUGUACAGUACUUUCUAG